CAGACUUCUGCGUCCUCCGGAAGCCGGCGGUCGUGAACUGCGUCCAGGGACCUGACAAGGGCACUGCUGAAGUGCGGUAGGCGCUGCUGUUCCCGCGCAUCCAGGCUUAGCUCCUCGACAAAUCUCUCUCUGUGGGUGUCCCAGCCAUGCCUUUCCUUGAUGUGCAGAAAAAGCUGGGCAUCAGCCUAGACCGGCACUUUAUGUUCCUAAGUGCUGAGCAGCCCUACAAGAAUGCGGCUCGGUGCCACGCUUUUGAGAAAGAGUGGAUAGAGUGUGCAAGCCAGAUCGGUGCAACCCGGGCGAAAAAAGAGUGCAAGAUAGAGUUCGACGACUUCGAGGAAUGCUUUCUUCGCUUCAAAACGAUAAGGCGGAUGCGUGAAAUCAAGCGCCAGCGGGAAAAGCUAAUGAAAGAGGGCAAAUACACCCCCCCACCUCACCAUUCCGGCAAGGAGGAGCCCAGGCCCUGAGCAGAGGAACCGGAAACCGCUUCGCAUCUUCUGUUUUCCACUGGAGAGAAUGUUUAAGGAAAAGCCCCUUCAUCGAGUAUGUGAAAAUAAAGAAUUACUCAGUCUU